AAGUGGGGGAGCUUCCGGCUGGCGUACGAGCUGUUGGCGGGGUGUGCGGGAUGUUUGCUGUGUGCAAACAGCUGUUGGUUGAAAGCUAGCUGAGGCAACAUGGCUCUGCUACGACUGAGGAACACAAAGGGCCCGAAUGCAGCAGAGAUAGAGAGGAAAAUUAAAAGGGGAAAUGCCCUGAGGCAGGGGUCUUCGUGGCGGGGCUCCCGGGGGCUCCUGGCGUUGCUCCUGGUCGCUCUGUGUGCUAGUACAGUUGCCGCCUGGCUCUACCUGGCUUCCUUGGACGGUGACAUCACAGAAACUCUUGCCAGUCGGAGGGAAAUGAUCUCGCCUCAGCCCAGAGUCUACAGCGUCCAAUGCUCAGAGGACUAUGAGAACUACAAGCGCUACCCAGGUUGCACCCCUCAGAAGUGCGGCCGAGCCGUCACCGACAGCGUGGUGACCAGCGAAGAGGCUCAGGCCCUCCGGAGGCUGGCUGAGCGGGGCCUGGCACUGGCCGGGUCUGAGGGAGGGGCCUCCAUCCUGGACCUUCACUCUGGAGCUCUGUCCAUGGGGAAACAGUUUGUCAACAUAUACAGGUAUUUUGGGGAACAGAUAGCAGAUGUCUUCACAGAAGAGGAUUUCAAGCUUUACAGAGAUGUGCGGGGCCGGAUCCAGGCCGUCAUUGCAGAGACGUUUGGCUUGGACCAAACCCUGAUGUACCUCACCAAGCCCACCUUCUUCUCCAGAAUCAACAGCACCGCAGCCAAGACGCAGCAUGACGAGUACUGGCACCCGCACAUCGAUAAGGAGACGUAUGGCUCUUUCGACUACACAUCUCUCCUGUACCUGUCUGACUACGGCUCAGACUUCACCGGCGGACGAUUUGUCUUCAUGGACCAAAAUGGCAAUCGAACCGUGGAACCACGGGCAGGUACUAGCCAGCGGCUCACUUUUCUUUGCCAAGGGAAAAACGGGGCGGGGAAAAAAAAAUUCAACCCCCAAAUAACCUUCUAUUAAUAACUUCACUUUUGU